GCAGCAGCAGCAGCAGCAGCAGAAGAAGAAGAAUGAGGAGUAGAGCAGCAUCCCUGUCGAAGGAAAUGGUCUGGCAAGUGAUGCUGCUUCAACUUGUAUGGCUAUCCUCAGCAUUUGCCGCACCCACAGCUCGGCCGGGAUGCCCGUCGGAAUGCGGUGGCGUCAAUAUUCCCUACCCCUUCGGCACCAUUGACAACUGCUACUACAAUGGUUUUGACAUCACUUGCAACGAGACGCUCCAUCCACCUAAACCAUUCCUUGGCGAUGGCAACAUAGAGGUGGUGGAUAUCACCCUCGACGGCCUGGUGAAAGUCAAACAUUAUAUUGCUCACGACUGUUACGAUAGUCAGCAAAACAAUAUCCGGAGAAACAGCCCACAAAUAAGACUGGGGACGCAAAGGCCCUAUAGGUUUUCCGACGCCCAAAACAAGUUUGUGGCCAUCGGCUGCGACACCAUCGGCUACCUCAUCGACGAGGGUGGCACGUUCUCGAGCGGGUGCAUCUCUCGCUGCAGCAACAUGACCUACGUGACCAAUGGGACUUGCUCUGGCAUCGGCUGCUGCGAGAUCAGUAUACCGAAGGGCUUCGGGACGUUUGACGUUAAGCUCAGGAGCUUUCACAAUCACGCCGACUGUUGGAGCUUCAGCCCUUGCAGCUAUGCCUUCUUGGCUGACAAAUCCUUUCAGUUCAAUACAUCAAAUUUCUUAGGCUACAAAGGCGUUAUCAUGACGGAGGUGACUCUGGAAUGGGCGGUGGGGAACAAGACGUGCGAAAAAGCUCGGCACGAGGAGGGCUUUGCAUGCAUCGCUGAGCACAGUGAAUGCUAUACAAGUGGCCGGGGAUACCGCUGCAAGUGCACCCAAGGCUACCGAGGGAACCCCUAUCUUCAAGACGGAUGCGAAGAUAUCGACGAGUGUCGACAGAGCAAUCAGUGCGUCAGAGAUUGCAUAAAUACGCCAGGAUCUUAUAGCUGUACUUGUCCCGGCCGAAAGAAUGUAACCGGAUGCACCGCUAUUCAAAAUAGAUUUCCACUUGUUGCAGAUGCUGGGUUUAGCUUCCUGUUUUUGAUUGCCAGCAUAUCUUGGUUGUACUGGACUUUAAGUAAAAGGAGACUCGUCAAGCUCAAGGAGAAGUUCUUCCGACAAAAUGGCGGUCUUCUGCUACAACUUCAGAUCUCUUCAUUAGGAAGCAGCGGUGGUGAUGAUUCCACCACGAAGAUAUUUACCUCGGAGGGGCUCCAAAGUGCAACCAACAACUAUGAUGAGGAUUGUAUCGUUGGCCGGGGAGGCUCUGGAACGGUAUAUAAAGGGAUCUUAUCCGACCAUAGAGUGGUCGCAAUUAAGAGAUCUAAGAUUGCUUCCAAGGGUGAAAUCGAGCAGUUCAUAAAUGAAGUCGUUCUCCUCUCCAGUAUCAACCAUAGAAACGUGGUGAAGCUCUUGGGGUGUUGCCUGAAGACUCAAGUACCCUUGCUGGUGUCUGAAUUUAUGUCCAAUGGAACCCUAUCUCACCACAUCCAUGAUGAAGACCGUAGAGGCUCGUUAUCCUUGGAUAAUAGGAUAAGGAUCGCCACGGAAACAGCUGAAGCAUUGGCCUACCUUCACUCCUCGACUUCCACUCCGAUCAUCCAUAGAGAUGUGAAGUCCACCAACAUCCUCUUAGAUGACAACUUCACAGCUAAAGUUUCGGAUUUUGGUACUUCGCGGUUGGUUCCGUUUGAUCGGAACUGCCUUACUUCACUGGUGCGAGGAACAUUUGGGUACUUAGACCCAGAAUACUUUUAUUCCGGUCAGUUCACUGAUAAGAGUGAUGUCUAUAGCUUUGGGGUCGUACUUGUCGAGCUCUUGACAGGUGAGAAAGCUAUCUCGAUGAUUAAAUCUGAAGAAAAUAGAAAUCUUGUGAAACAUUUCGUUUCUUGCAUGAAGGAGGAUCGGCUUUCUGAGGUUCUCGAGGAUUGCAUCGUCUAUGAAGGAUCCACGGAGCUGGUGGUGGCGGUCGCUGAGCUCGCUGAGAGAUGCCUUAGAUUGAAUAGAGAGGAGAGGCCCACAAUGAAAAAGGUGGCAAUGGAGCUAGAGGGUUUGAGAAUGUCCGCGAAACACCCUUGGGUUAAAGAGAACAAUGAGGAGAUUGAACCUUUGUUGGCAGAGCCACAGUUAAGCGAGCUUGAAUUCUAUGGUGGCGAUGGUGAGUCUUCCUACAGUGGAUUGGCGCCAUUCAAUAUCAUGAGUUGAUUUUUUGAGGAAAGACGUAUUGUGAUCUAAUUACUGAAAGAAAAUU